UGUUCAUGGUGCGGCAGGCCUUCCUACUGUGGAGUAUGAGCUACUUCAAGUGGGACACACAAUUGAAAAAACGAUUCGGUGAAUGGGCGGUGGUUACGGGCAGCACUGACGGGAUCGGCAAGCAGUACGCGCUGCAGCUGGCGCAGAGGGGCCUCAACGUCGUGCUCAUCAGUACAGACCCCCGCAAGCUGCGAGCCGUUGCGGAAGAGAUAGAGACGAAGUAUCUCGUUACAACGAAGACUAUAGUAGCGGACUUCAGUACGGGGACCAAGGUGUAUGCUCACAUUGAAGCGGAGCUGCGAGAUCUGGCUGUUGGCAUACUAGUGAACAAUGUCGGUGUGCUCAACGAGUACCCGAUGCGGUUCUGCGACGCGCCCCUUGAGCGGCUGUGGGAGAUGGUGAACGUCAAUGUGGUGACGGCGGUCAGCAUGUGCCGGCUGCUCCUGCCGGGGAUGGUGAGCCGCAACAGAGGCAUCGUCGUCAAUGUGUCCUCGGCGGCGGGCUGCCAGGCCAUGCCGCUGGUGGGCCUGUACUCCAGCACAAAGGCCUCCAUUAUCAAUUUUACGAUGAUGCUUCGCGAGGAGUACGCCGACACCGAUAUCCGUUUCGACCUCGUCUACCCCAUGUUCGUAUCGAGCAACCUGACCGCCUUCUCCGAGAGCAUCAGUAAGGGUGACCUGUUCACGCCGGACGCCGCCGCCUUCGCCGCACAAGCCGUCAACGCUAUAGGGACGAUCCCUGACACUACCGGCUACUGGUCCCAGGCUCUAAAGAUGGAGUUGUUGCUUCUCUUUCCGGUGUGGGCGAGAAUAAAAAUCUGCCACUCAAUAAUGAAGAGUUUACAACAUGAGUACAUUAUGAAAAACGACGUAAAAUGUAGAAGUUAA